UACGAUACCGUACGGACAAAGGUACUCGUACGUAUUACCAAUACAAAUAUGGUACUCGUACGUCCUAAGCAAGCUUGCAGCUUAGUACUGUGCUUAUGUAAUUCUACUUCGUACGUACGGUACAUUGAAUCCCAAGUUCGUUAGUGCAUUUUUGAAAGAUAUUUUUUAUUUUUGUCUUGUGACCUGUGACACUGGAUGUGAAAAUCCUCUUCACGGCAGUACCGGAAAUUUUCUCUGCCUAGUUCGAGUACAUUUGGACAUCGUUUCAUCGUGUCGCUGGAUUAGACCACAAUUCAUAGAGACAACUCAUGUGGCUAACUCACGCAGGAUUGGGGGUCGCGAUCGCUGUUGCAGCGUUCGCCGUUUGGACAAGAGGGUCGUCGUCGCCUUUGUCUCUGCCCUGGCAGGGGGGAUUYGUCACCGUUAUCGAUCCGUGUCCAUCGUUCGAAACCGAGCGAGUGGACCUUCCGUCUCCUGCCGACGAAAACGAUCCUCUUCUGGUAGAURCGGAGCACGUCCUGCUCGGCUUGGAGGCACCCGAAGACGGAUUCCGCCUGGACGGCACCGGCAACGGCGACGAGUGGAUUUGGAGCAUGGGGAACGGCGAUCUUCUCCGAGUCAACCUUCGGACAAUGGUGGCUCUGCCGUUUGCGCACACGGGGGAGAUCCACGAAGAUUGCGGUGCAAUGCACAUGGAAUCCCGUUGCGGUCGCCCGCUGGGGCUGCUCAAGCUGCCGCCGGAAGACUACGAUCGUUACCAGCGAUACUACGACUCGCCGGCGRCAACCAAGCAAGAMAAGGGCAACGGUUCGGAACCGGCAGAAGCAGAAACCCCUCUYWGCCUGGUGGCCGACGCAUACAAAGGAUUGAUGCUGGUCUUUUCGCGGGGAACCAUCGUYCCGUUGCUGGAGGCCGUGGCCGGUCAGCCCCUGUUCUUUGCCAACGCCCUGGCCCGGGCCGGAGAUGGGACCAUUUUUCUGUCCGACAGCUCSUCCCGCUUUCGCCGGAGCGACGUGUUGCUCGAGACGCUGGAAUCCCGCCCCACGGGACGGGUGGUGUCCUGGAAUCCCGACACGGAAGUGAGCCGGUUGGUAGCGAGCGAUCUUCCCUUUCCGAACGGGCUUGUCCUGAGGGACAACGACAAGAGCCUGCUGGUGGCCCUGACCACCCGGCACCAAAUCAUUCGCAUCGACCUCUCGAACCACGGCGAGAGCGGGUGGGUCGCUCCGGAGCCGGYGUUGUUUGCURCCCUGCCGGGAAUUCCGGACAACCUGCACGUUUUCCACAGCAACGAAUGGAACCGAUCGGUUCUUUGGGUGGGAACCUCCACGAAAUCGUCGCCGGUCGUUCGGUUCUUGAAUCGUUGGCCACAGAUUCGGAAGCUCGUCGCGACUCUGCCUAGGGGAAUGCUGCUCAAGUGCUUCAAGAAGUACGGGUUGCUGCUGGCCCUAGACCCCGAUACCGGGGAGCUUUUGCGYGCCUACCAAGACCCCACCGGUACAACGGGUUAUAUUGCAGGAAUCCAUUUCGACGACUCGUACGCCUACCUCGGCAGCUGGAAAAAUCGGUUCCUGGCCAGAAUUCCCAGAGCCAAGUUGUUCUCGAGGUUGCCGGUGUCGGACUGACGCACGGAUGGAUGGAUGCGUACGCAUCUAGCAACAGUUACCACAGYACUGCGUUCAAUGAUUGGAAAUCAUGGCAUCCAGAACAUUGGGAUGCGUUGCAACCGAACUCGACCACAAAGUGCCAAAGCGCAAGAUCUGGCAUCAUGCAAUGCCUUGUACGAGUUCCUGGUGCUCUUUGGAUUCGAAAACUACCCCGGGACCGCGACUGRGACGACGACGCUUUGUGCACUGUUGCUUUUGUUUGCUCUUYGGUGCACACUUGGUAUGCCUGUUGCGCCGAGGGUCUUUCGACAACAUCAAUGUAUUACUGCAAACUAUGCCCUGAGAACGAAUGCAAUCGUAUUGUUUAGGGACGCACUACUUCAUCGUUAGAGCGUACGAUUAUAACCUUGAUAACGCUAAAAUAAAUAACAUAUCAUUUUGGAUGAAUCUUAGAGUUAUAAAAACAUUGGAGAUAGUGAGAGGCCCAUAACAAAACAAACAAAAGGUAUUUUGCUAUGURGAACAUUAUAUGAAGUCCGUCUCUGGUACGCAGUGGAUAGGCCUGCUCUAUYAGUACUUCGUAUUCUGGGAAGAUUACCACCUUUUUUCCAUGCYGGAGAAACAAUCCAAAUGCCGUAAGGCCCAUAUCGCCAGCCAAACUUGUGCAAUUUUGCUUCCAUGUUGUCUCGGGUAAUGUGAUCAAGAUACUCAUGUCGGUAUGUACUGACGGAAGUACGGUACGAUAGUUGUACCGGUACCAACGUGAAAUGAGACGUCGUGCAAGCUUUCUAUCCAUCAUAUGRUUACUAGAUACUAAGAGUAGUAUUGGGUUGGGAACAUGGUUGUCUGUCGUAAUUUUUCCUUUUGGCGCGAAGUAACAAUGCUGGGAUGGCGCGCCAACCUACCCCGAUGGUAGCGCUGGAUGCGGUAGGUGAGAUAGAAAAACCGUAGCAAAAUCUCCGUUCAAUUGUCCCCCCSUACGUUUGUACCUGACAUCACUACGUGCCUGCUCUGUAGUGGUUUCUAGUUUCUCUGGUUCCGCUCCUGUAAAAGGACUGSAAAAGGAUUUCCAUCUUCUGUACGGUAGGGAAGAAUACGUACUCGUGCUACUAGUAGAACGAGUACCGUGCAAUACUUUGAAGUGCGCUAAAACGGGCCCGAAACGGGUAGGGCACCUUGCCUCCGUUGUCAUUUGUCACAAUUGCACAACAUCGUACUCUGUUCAGACUUGCGACUCGGACUCCGAAGGACCCUCUCACCGUCCGCACCUCCGAGACAGCCAUYGCCCACGAACAGCCGUGCAAGCCAAACACMGAGCGUUCUACACCGACACCAACCAGCGAGCAACACACCGAAGAAAACGAGGCCGAAACAGGAACCAUGUCGUCGGCCGCCGCAAAAAAGGCCGCCAAGAAGGCCGCCAUGAGCCGGUUCAAGAACAACCGCAGGAACGGGGUCCACGCGCUCGACGAGGAAUCCGGUCUGUUCAAGGAAGAAGAAGACGUCUACGAGCUGGUGGACCAGGACCAAUACCAGAAUCUAGUCGAGUCGAGGCGGCARCGAGAAGAUUUCGUGGUCGACGAUGGUACGUAUCCUGCUCUCCCGCAUGCAAGUAUUGCAUGCAUCGCAUUGUGUUGUGUUGUGUUGUUGCUACGGCGGCAAUUCUAGGGAUUCUGCGUGACACCCAUCCCUCUCGUUCGCAACAGGAAUUGCAGCCAUUCUUGUUGCCUUUUUUCUUUGUUGCCCUCUCUCACAAAAGAUUCCAAACCAACUCGUUUCGUUUGCUKGCGUUGCGUUUCGCUUUCCCUGCGCUUCCUUUGCAUCCRUUCCGUCGCGCGUGCGUCGUUCYCUUUCCGAAACGCAGACGGGCUCGGGUACCACGACGACGGGGAAGAACGCCUCGGGGACGAGGAGAACGACGGUUCCGCGUCCAAGAAACGAGCCAAGCGCAGCACCGCCGACCUGACGGCCAGGUCCCUSAAAAAGAUGCGCAAGAACCGGGCCGCCCAGAAGAACCGGUGGGCCGGGGACGGGACCUCCCCCGCGGACGACGCCGGCGAGGGGGCGGCCUCCUCCAACCGUUCCAUGUGGGACUUUGUCCGGGUGGGGGCCUCGGCCACCGCCGAUGCCGGCGCAACGGGGGGCUYGGACCGUUCCGGCCCGGGAGGGAGAACCRGUGGCAGCCGGCCCGAUCUCGACGACCUGCUGGGGGAGCUCGACGGYCUCGGGGGGGGACUCCCGAAGCGGGCCAAGCRCAGAGGGCUUCGCCACKGCCGGACGUACUCCCGGAAGCGAGCCCCGGCUUCUUCGCGAGAGCGAAGCUUUCRCCGUGGGAACCACCGCGAGGAGGAGGAGGAAGAUGACUACGACCACGACUUUGCCGCCUCGGGAUACGGAGACGACGACGAUGACGCUGGAUUUGGCAACGACAACGAGAUUGGGAAGGAAACGGCUGGCCGCAGCGGUWCCCAAGAGGCAAAGGCCGAUGCCGCAGCUGCUGCUACAAGCACCCCCGUAAAAGCAGAACCCGAUGCCCGAGGCGAGGRAGACCCCUCCAUCGAUUCCCCCAAGCCRGAGGACAUGGAUGUCGACCAGCCAGRGCCAGAUWUCUCGCCGGAGGRUCGGGAAAUCACACAACCAGAAACCCAAGCCGAAGCGAAACCAAUCAACGGCRACGAUGCCGCCGAGGGACAGGAAUCCCCGCCCCAGAAACCCCGGCGCCUCCUGAUGGCCAAAAAGAAAAAACUCUUGCAGCGGUCGGCUCCGGCCCAGAAAGCGGCCGAGAAGGAGCGCGAACCGAAACCCCCGGCCACCGCGAGCGAGUCGAAGAAGACCCAAACCAACGCCUUUGCGACCCCCAUCAUGGACACGACGUCCGCCAGCUUUUCUCCCCAGGAAAUCGCCRCGGAACCCACCACCACCUCGGCGGCUUCCUCGAACCUGGAGUCCUAUCUGGAACGCACCGAURACGAACACAAAAUGUCGUACCUAGACUUUUACUACAUGGACGCAGCCGAGCGCCGAAACGGAGACGUCCUCUUGUUUGGUAAGGUAGCCCUUCCGGACCAAACGAGCGAAAAGAAAUUCGUGAGCUGCUGUGCUGUCGUCAAGGGGAACCUCCGCAACCUCUUUGUGCUGCCCAAGAAAGUCACCGGCGACGACGGUGAAGAAGAAUACGUCGGCUGGGACAAGGUCCACCAGGAACUCAAGGGAAUCCUCCAGCCCAGCUGCAUUCCGAAGGUAGCCGGUGCCUCGUGGGCCGGCAAGGUYGUCCAGCGCAAAUACGCCUUUGACGAUCCCGACGUCCCGCGAGAGGAAACCUCCUACAUGAAGGUCGUGUACGACGCCAAAUAUCCGUCCCCCAGCGAGGAGAUUUGCACCGGGGGCGGGAAGGAAUGCGUGGCCAAGAUUCUGAACGGMAAGGCCUCGAUCCUGGAAACCUUCUUGCUCAAGCGCAAACUCAUGGGACCCUGCUGGAUCCGGAUCGCGGAACCAGAUCCCAGCGAGCACAGCGUGUCCUGGUGUGCCCUGGAGCUGCAGGUGGGGAACCCGAAGCAGGUCAAGCGCCUCGAUUCCCUCGUGGCCGCCGGAACCCCACCCCGCCCGGCACCCCCCGUGGUAUCCGUCACGCUCAAGCUCAAGACGGUCCUAAACCCCAAGACGGCCAAGAACGAGAUUGUGUCGGUCAGUGCCGUCUGCCACAAGAAGGUCCAGCUCGACACGGGAACGGACCAGUCCCCCCAGCUCAUGACGCAGGUCUCGUUGAUCCGUCCGAUCCACCUGGACUCGGGACCCGGGACCAUCCAGCGGGGAAUGGCCAAGUUCCCCCGCGACAUGGACAAGGAACUCAGGGCAAAGAUGCCGCAGCUAAAAAAAAUGCCGAACGAGCGGGCCCUGCUGAGCUAUCUCGUCACGCAGAUCGGGAACUGGGACCCAGACGUCCUCGUUGGCCACCACGCGUGGGGGCACGACAUCCAGGUCCUCCUGACCCGCUGCGUGGAGCACAAGGUCCGCAUGUGGUCCAAGUUUGGGCGGCAGCGCAAGACGGAGCUCCCGAGCAAGACGUAUUUUUCCUCGGGCAAGGACUGGGCCAUCUCCGAAGCCAUCUCUGGUCGCCUCCUGUGCGACACCUAUCUUAGCGCACAGGAGCACCUCAACGAGACGACGUACUCGCUGACCAACCUAGCGAAAACCCAGCUCAGAACAGACCGCCAAGAGAUCGAGCCCAUGGACACGCCGCAGUACUUCCACAAGAGCGAAACCAUCGUAGCUCUGGCCCGGCACACGCUCAACGAUGCCCAGCUGGUCCAGCGUCUCAUGUUCAAGCUGCAGAUCCUGCCCCUCACGAAGCAGCUGACAAACAUUGCCGGAAACCUCUGGUCGCAAACCAUGAAGAGCAACCGGGCCGGCCGGACCGAAUACCUUCUCCUCCACGAAUUUCACCGGCUCAAGUACCUUGUGCCGGAAAAACACAAGGGCAAGAAGGAGGACGCCGGYAAGGCCAAGUAUGCCGGUGGUUUGGUCCUGGAUCCCAAAAAGGGGCUUUACGAUACAUUCAUUCUGUUGCUAGAUUUCAACAGUCUGUACCCCUCGCUGAUCCAGGAAUACAAUCUGUGCUUCACCACCGUGGACGGCUGGGCCGCUUUCCACAAGCAACAAAUCGAGGCGGCAAAGGAGCAGACGUCCAAUCCAAACAGCAACGCCACCGAGGUAGCAUUGCCACCACUCCCCGACGAAUCCCAAGAAACCGGUGUGCUCGCGAGGGUCAUUAAGAAUCUGGUCCAGCGCCGUCGCCAGGUCAAAGGGAUGAUGAAGAAGGAAAACAAUCGAGAAAAAUACGAUGAGGUAAGUAGUCGACGAUAGCAUAGUUUGGUUUUCCUUGAAUGUAUUUUAAGUCUCGAAAGUUUCUAAUCCGUUUUUCCUCGAUUCGUUCGAAUUGAAACCAAUGUUUUCAUGUUAGUUGGACAUCAAGCAGAAGGCUUUCAAGCUAACAGCCAACUCUAUGUACGGUUGUCUCGGGUUUUCGAAUUCUCGAUUUUACGCCCAGCCCAUUGCUGCACUGGUGACAUCGAUGGGGCGUCAAACGCUUCAACGCACCGUUGAAAUUGCGCAAUCCACAGUAGGAUUAGAAGUUAUCUACGGAGAYACCGAUAGUAUUAUGAUCAACACCCGAAUCAGCGACACGAAUGCUCUUUCUACGGUCCGCAAACUUGGAGAACAAGUGAAGAAGGAAGUGAACAAACUUUAUCGAACUCUAGAAUUGGAAAUUGAUGGUAUUUUCCGCACGAUGCUUUUGUUGAAGAAGAAAAAGUAUGCAGCCGUGACGAUCGAACAAAAUCGGAACGGAGAAAUUAAAGUKGGACGAGAGGAAAAAGGUCUGGAUUUGGUGCGAAGAGAUUGGUGUGUACAGAGCAAGGAUACUGGCCAUUACGUGCUCGACCAGAUUUUAUCCACAGAACAGGAAAAGGAAGUCACUCUGUCUAAAAUUCUCGACAAUCUAGAGCAACUUGCUCAAAAUAUGAGGGAGGGAAAGCUUCCACUGGAGAAAUAUGUCAUUACGAAAGGAUUGAGUAAACACCCCAAAGGUAUGUAAAAAGCGGGCAAUAAAUACCAAGAGAACGGAAAAAGACCAUUGUUUAUUCACAAUAUUGUUUUUUUUCUACAGAUUAUCCYGAUGGCAGAGCUUUGCCCCAUGUACAUGUCGCGAAGAUGAUGAUCAAGAACAAUCGUAGGUUGACAGUGGGAGACCACAUCCCUUACGUUAUCUGCGAACCUCUCGAAACCGAGGAAGCUAACAAUGACAACAACAAAAAAUCCAAAUCGGUCGCAGAGAGAGCUCGUCAUCCGGACGAAAUCAUUAGAAGUGGAGGUGUUCUUAAACCCGAUGUUGAGUGGUAUCUGACUCAGCAAAUUCUCCCGCCAGUGUCUCGUCUGUGUGAACCCAUCGAGGGUUUAUCGCAAGGUUUGAUUGCGGAGCGCUUGGGUUUGAACGCCUCCAAGUAUACGCAACGUCGAUCAUUCGGGGAUGGUGAGAUGAAUGAUGACGAACUAGUGAACUACGUCCCAGAAUCAUACAAGACAGACAAAGAACGGUUCGGUGACGUUGAAAAACUCUCUUUGACUUGCUCUGCAUGUGGAGUAAGGAGUGAAUUCCGAGGUUUACUCUACUUGCGAAAGAGCCAGGGAGAUGAAACGGGGACAUUGUGUACAGGUUUCAAAUGCUCGAAUCCCGAUUGCGAAGCUCAAUAUUUGGGUGACGCCUCCCCGUUUGAGUGCAUGGCACGAAUAAUGAACUCAAUGGAAAUGUUGAUGAGAGGUCAUAUUCAGGCCUACCACGAAGGAGUCUUGAAAUGCGACGAUCCUGCUUGUGGCUUGGAAACACGACAAUUGUCUGUAUGCGGUGGCGUAUGCUUGAGCCGUGGCUGCAAUGGACGCAUGAAGCCUUUGGUAUCAGAACGUUCACUCCAGAAACAAUUAAAAUAUUUUGAAUGCCUUUUUGACGUUGGACACGUAACAAAGCAACUCGUUGCCAGCAAAAGUAAUUUCGGAAGUAACGAGAAUCAACUUGCUUCCAUGAUUUCCAAAACCGACAGAAAGAUGGCUGAUGAAUUGUUCAGCGUGGCAAAGGAAAACACAGGUGAAUGCGCUUAUAACUGGAUUACACCUUCUUUUUGGAAGGAGGUGUUUGGUGGCAUUCAAGCAAAGCAGUAAUCGUGGUUCAACAACCAUAGGAUUGGGGGAGUAAUUUGUACGAGGGACAUAGUAAACCAUACUAGUUGUA